AUUCUGAUAGAGUGCUUAGCGCAGCUUGACCGUGAGCGAGCGGCAGGUCUUCUUCGAAGCCCGUUCUAUAGUAUACUAAUACUUAUUAAAGAUACCAUUGCCACAAGACCUUCUCUCGAACUGCCAACAACCUUGGGUAGCCUUGCCUUAAAAGAUUCAACUAUACCCAAAAAUGCCAGCAUAGUUAAUAAGGUUAGUAACUGGAGAUAUUACAUACGGGCCGAUGCAAAUUCGAAUGGAUGGUCGGCAAUUGGAGGACAAACACAAUCUGCAUAUAUUGCUCGUAAGCCAGACGAAUCAGGCCUUGGGCAAAGUGACCCAUGUGGUUCCUCAACAGGCUCCGCAGUGGGCGUUUCAGCAGGCUAUGCGCCAUUAGCCCUGGGCACUGAAUCAAUUGGAUCUAUAGUCAUGCCGGGAUCCAGAGCCGGUUUGUAUGCCUUCAAGCCCGCUCUUAAUACUGUGAAUAUGGAUGGAGUUUUCAAAACCUCCGUGGAGCUGGAUGUUGUCGGUGGUCUUGCUAGAUCGACGGCAGACUUAGCCCUUCUAAGCGAGGUCGCUUUAACAGAGGAGAAGCGGAAGCUUUUGCCAGAAGAGGGCUAUCAGAAAUACCUGACCAAAACUUUCGACUUACUCCGGAUAGGCUUUCUUGAUCCUACAAAGUGGUCUCUUCAUCCUAGCAUUGUACAAUUAGAUGAGGCUACGUUGAAGCAAAUGAACGACAUCUACUUCGCCGCUAUUGGACUUGUCAAAGAGCACGCUAUCAAGACAUCCGUGACCUAUCCAGUCGACAUACCGCCCGCCACAGACCUGUGGUAUGAAGGGCGAAAUCCAAUCGACGUGAUUAUAUCAUACGAAGGCAAACAGGCACUUGAGGCCUGGCUAAGCGAGGCUAAAGUUCCGGGUUUAAUUACGAUAGAAGAUGUCAUAAAGUUUAACUUGGACCAUCAACAGGAAGAAUUGCCCACGGACCACCCGGACCAGAACCAGCUACUGAAGGCUUCCCGAGAUCCCCCCACGCGAAAAAUGUAUGAGGCCGUCAAGGAGCGGAUUAAGACAAUUUCAAAAGAAAAUGGGAUCGACAAAUUAUUUCGCGAUCAGAAUCUGAAUAUACUCGCAUUUCCAUUGGACAGCCUUAUGGUGUUCAUAUCAGCUGCAUCGGGUUACCCAAUUGCGACGAUGCCCGCUGGAGUCAUCCAAGCAGACGGGAGACCAUAUGGACUGGGUAUAAUGGCUCAGACUGGUAGAGAAGACUUGAUGUUCCAGUUCAUGAGUGCUUUCGAAGCCCACUCUGCCCCCCGUGCUGUUCCCUCUCGCGUUCAAAACGAUGAUGCAUAA